AUGAUCGAGUACUAUUUCAAUCAAUACUUCUUUAGAAUAAGACUCUCUAUCUAUCUUAUCUAUUUUAAUUGUAAUAAUGUCAAAAGUAUCAGGAGCAGGAAACCAACAAUCGGUGAUAUUCAUACAUCGGGUCAUCCAACCAACUGGAUCUUGGUUGGUUAUGAUGGUUCUCCAAAUCAAAUAAAGUUGAUUGGUUCUGGUAAUGGAGGUGUAAACGAGUUGGCUCAACAUCUAGAUGACUCUAUUAUGGCCUAUGGAAUUGCUAGAGUUGUCGAUAAAGUUGAUGGUAUUCCAACUGAUAGAUAUGCAUAUAUUACUUGGAUUGGUCAAGGUGUUAAAGGAAUGGAUAAAGCAAGAUAUGGAACAAAUAAAGCACAUAUUACAAAGUUACUUGGUCAUUAUAACAUUGAAAUAGCUGCUGAUCAAAGAUCUGAUAUUACAGAGACUGAAGUGAUGAAUAGAAUUCAAGAUGCUUCUGGAUCACGUGAUAGAACAGGUGAGGUUAAAAAGGCCAAUACUACCUAUGGCAAUGUAUCAUCACUCAAGAAUCCAACCACCACCACUGUAAAGGUUCCAGGUGCCAAUACUUCCUCUGUAGGAUUGACCUUUUCAGACGAGUUGGCAUCCAUUGUCCAAGAAGUAAAGGAUGGUAAGAACCAGACCAAUUGGAUGUUGAUUGGAUACCAAGGCAAGGAAUCAUUGGUCUUUGUUGCAAAGGGAACUGGAGGUGUAGAUGAACUAGCCCAACAUCUUAGUGAUACCCAAGCAUACUAUGGUAUUGUAAAGACGGCCGAUCAAAUCGAUCAAAGUGUUACCUAUAAAUACGGUCAAAUUAAUUUUGUUGGUGUUAAUGUUAGUCCAUUAUUAAAAGGUCGUAUUACUUCUCAUAAAGGUACCAUUGAUAAAUUCUUUUCUCCAGUUCAUGUUGUAAUCAAUGGUGAACAACAAUCUGAAAUUACAGAUUCAAUCUUUCAAAAUAAAGUUAAAGCAUUGAAGGGUAAUUAA